GGUCGAGGGAUAUAGCCCCUAACCCCACAGUGGCUAGGGAGAUGUUAACUACCUCGCCUGGUUGCAGCUGCCGUCGUUCUCAUUGGUUCCCCACAAGCACCGAGUCAGCUAUGACGUCACAAAGGAUCGCCGUCCUCUUCAUCGCCGCCAUCUUGAGCGUCUCGAUCACGCCCGCAAUAGCUAAAGAACAUGAAAAAUCACUGGCAUCUUCAAAUACAAAACCCAAAGAACCCGCGGCAUCUACAUCUGCAGAGGGCGAGUCGACCAACUGGUGUAAGAUUGGCGCCAUGGCAGCCGGAGGAGUGGGGGCAGUUGUUCUGGCCCCAGUGCUAUUAGGAGCCGCGGGCUUCGGUGCUGCAGGGAUCGCCGCCGGCUCCGUGGCUGCCAAGGCCAUGUCCUUGGCCGCGGCCGCCAACGGAGGUGGGGUGGCAGCCGGAGGGAUCGUGGCCGGGCUGCAGGCCGCCGGAGCGGCUGGGCUGGGUCCUGGAGCGGUGGCUACUUUGGGGACAGCCGGGGCAGCCAUCAUCAACAUGCUAUGGUGGUGACCACCAGGCUAACGACACUAGUUAAAACGUAACUGCUCCUACGGACCGGGACCAACAGCUUGGAGAUGGGUUUACGUGUUGGAGACUCGUUGAACAGAGAACGUAAAACGGAGACGAAGGUUUCUUCCAGGAUGAACAACAACCCCAGUCCCUCUGGGGACCCGGUUUAUAUUCUCUGUGUCGUGGCCGGUACCAAAGCCUCCUUUUUUGUACUGCCAAAAAAGGACCCAUGACAUUAUUAUUGUUAUUUUUAUUAUCAGACGAUGUUUUUUGUUUGCAUGUUCACUGCGAGUAUUUGUGUGUGUGGGCGUUAGGGACUUGGAUGCCUUGCAAAAAAGCUGAGUAUCUAUUUAGGUGUUUGGACCUCUUUAUUUAUCAUUGUCAUAUUUUGUGACGGUGUUUGAACAUCCUAAGCACGUAACUCUCUCAUCGCCAGCGAGAAGUAUAAAAAACCCUGGCUUUUCAUUGUGUAAUUAAGGUCGUGGAAGCGACUUCUGGAAUCAAGGUCUCUAUUUGUCUUUCGUUCACAACACUCCUUCAUAUAAAUUCCACUCCUGUCUUACUCCUUCACGCUGCUAACAGACAGCGUGAGAGCGAGAGAGAGACUCGUGCUGCCACGUGGCAGGCCUGGACCCCUGCUCCAGCGUGGCCUCACCCUUCGUUCGUUCCAGAUCUGACCACGUGUUGACCGUCUCCACCCCUUUUAAUACCCGGGUCACGUGGUAACCUUUCCACCAGUCCUGGUUAACCUCCAUGGAAUCUUCCAGACUCCAUCGUACGAUCCCAGGACCACGCCCCUGACUCGUCCCCCCAUUGGCUGUGGCUAAAGCCAGCAGAACCAAUCCUCUACUUACGGAUGUCACCUUCCCAUUACGUCAGGGCCACGCCCCUAGACUUCUCCCCAUUGGCUAUGGGCCAGGACCGGUAGAGCCAAUCAUCGUAACGAGGUGUGAUCAUUCAACCCACCGGCUAUACCCUCACAUUACAAUUGUGUCCCCCAUGACUUAGUGGCCGUCCAUAAAUGA